CCAGUCUUCCGUACUCGCACCGACUUGGAGCGGCUGUCACAGCGGGGCUAACGUACCGGCUAGCUCGCACCUAGAGGAGGGUAGGAAAGUCGAAAAUGGCGGGUUUGCAUCCCCAGGUGAGUAAAGGACGACCUGCUGAAAAUGACACACACAGAGAACUGGAAGGUGCGGCACGAGCGUCUGCAUAUGAAGCACCAGGGACACAAGGCCAUGCACGCCGAGAUGGUGCUGAUCCUCAUCGCCACACUGGUGGUGGCCCAGAUCGUCCUGGUGCAGUGGAAGCAGCGGCACCACCGUUCCUACAACCUGGUGACUCUGGUCCAGAUGUGGGUGGUUCCUCUUUACUUCACCAUCAAACUGUACUGGUGGAGGUUUCUGUCCAUGUGGGGGAUGUUCUCUGUCAUCACCAGCUACGUCAUCUUCAGAGCCACCCGCAAGCCACUGGCCUGCAGGACGCCCAGGAUGGUCUACAAGUGGUUCCUGUUGAUCUACAAGCUGAGCUAUGCAGUCGGGGUUCUGGGCUACUUGGCCAUUAUGUUCACCAUGUUCGGCUUCAAUGUCUUCUUCAGGAUCAAAGCGGAGGACUCUAUGGAUGUCGGCGUGAUCAUGCUAUUCUACGGACUUUACUACGGCGUCAUGGGCAGAGACUUUGCUGAAAUCUGCUCUGACUACAUGGCUUCCACAAUUGGGUACUACAACAAGGGAGGCAUGCCGAGCCGGAGCCUCACCGACGACAUCUGUGCAGUGUGUGGUCAAAGGAUCCUGGUGGACGUGGAGGAGGAAGGAUUCAUAGAAGACACCUACCAGCUCUCCUGUGGACACAUAUUCCACGAGUUCUGCAUCCGCGGCUGGUGCAUCGUGGGGAAGAAGCAAACAUGUCCGUACUGCAACGAGAAGGUGGACUUGAAGAGGAUGAUGAACAACCCCUGGGAGAAGACACAUGUCUUGUACGGUCAGCUGCUCGAUUGGCUCAGAUACUUGGUGGCCUGGCAGCCCAUCAUCAUCGGUAUCGUUCACGGGAUUAAUUUCACCCUGGGCCUCGAGUAGCGCCUUGAGGAACGCCACCCAAAGUACGCCUGGAGUCGAGGAAAGUGCCAGAAAGGUUCGGCAGCACACGGUGGAAGUUUCGAGAGUGUCGCUACGCAUGCUGUUCGUGUCGAGGCGACAAUGCUACAUUGCGUUUUUAUUUGCACACUCCUCCCUGCUGGUUUUGUUGAUUCUGAUCGUCAGACUUUUCUGUCUAAAAAGAUGUGGAAAACCUGUUUACAUUUUGUGCACCUUUGUUCCGGAAAGUUCUGUUUUAAUUUUUAUGGAGCUGAAGUUGAUGCUGAAAUGUUCCACUUCAUGUAGCAGCUGAUCAACAGCUUCGUAGGCUUGCGGCAGCCAAAUCUUCUCGAUGACUCAAGGGGUCAGUUCAAGUGUCAUGUUUUAUAACGGCUUUGCUGGGAUUCGCCCAACGCGGCACCUCAAACAACCAAUCUGUUAACAUUUGGUGGCUUAAUGUGGAAACGUUGGAAGUUUCCCGUCAGGUAACGGAGCUUUCUUUUGCCAAAUCGGACAGAGAUAGCUUCUUUAUGAAUACUGCUGCUGAUGAAAACUUUGUUUUCAAUAAAUAUUUAUAAAUCCUUAAAAA